AUGGAGACGCUGCGGGCGGUGUCCAUGGGCGCCGGCGUGCUCCCGGUCGCAGCUGGAGCUGGAGGUGGGGGCUCAUCGGGGUCGGCGGCGGACGAAGAGGUGGCGUACAUGCGCGGCUGCUUCGAGCACUUGGUGGGGUCGUGGGACUCGGAGUCGCUCUACAUGGUGACGCCUCAGGGCGGCGGCACCGGCCCGGAGCUCGCCGUCUUCUUCGUCAGGCUCUGA